GGUGGUGCAGUCGCCAGAAGUGGAAGCGAUAUAAAAGAUAUGCUUCUUCGGUGGUCGAGGGCUAAGACUAAGGAAUACGAGAAUGUCCAGAUCGAGAAUUUCUCUGGCAGUUGGGCUAAUGGUCUGGCAUUUGCGGCACUAAUCCAUCAUUUCUUUCCCGACGCCUAUGACUACAAAGAGUUGGAUUCAAAGAACAGACGGCGAAACUUUGAACUCGCCUUCAAAACUGCUGAAGAAAAGGCUGACGUUUAUCCUCUGAUAGAAGUGGACGACAUGUUGCUUAUGAAGGAUAAGCCCGACUGGAAGUGUGUCUUCACUUACGUUCAGGGAAUAUACAGAAAACUUCAC